GAAUUGGUACAUGGUGAGGAGAAAAUGGUUUAUGUUAAACCAGAAAAUGGGAAAGAGGAGAAAGAAAUUGAAGAUGAAGAAAAAGAAGAAAAUAAAGAAGAUGAAGAAGAUGAUGAUGAUGAGGGGAGUGUUCGUAUGACUAUUGUUAUGUUGUUAGAUAUUAUUUACGGAGGAAGGAAAAAUGUAGGCGGUAAAGAUAUAUUUUUGGAUUUGAAUAAAAUACCAGAAAUGGAAUAUAAAUAUGAGAUAGGGAAGAGACGACGAAUGAAAAAAAUUGCUAAAAGAAUCUUCCAAAAAAGUGCGAAAUUAUUGAGAAAAGCUGUCGAAAAAGCACAGAAAAAAGUGAAAGCAGAAGAAAAACGAUUUAGUUUUAAUCGAAUAAAUUUUUUUACAAAACGAAAAGAAUCGCGUGUGAAUUCAUUGCCAAAAGAAGAGGAACUAAAAGAGGAAAAAGAAAAAUCACUAAUUUUGUCGAAAAAAGAUGAAAAGAGUUCAGAAGAAUCUUCAAUAAAUUUGUCCAAAGGACCCUUGGGAAGGAGUGUUACAUUUAAUUUUGGUACAUCGAAUGCUGAGGAAACUGAAGGAAAACAUAAAAGAAAUCAUUCAGAAGGUGAUCAUAGUCAAAUUAUUCAAAUGCAGCAAGAUGAGUUAAAGGUCGUUUUUAAAAAUUUCUUCUUAGUUUCAAAAACAAUGCAAUUUAAAUUUACCUAUUUUAUUGUUUUCCGAACAAAAGUAUGGUAA